AAAAUUUACAUCAUGUGCCCAGUUAUUGCAAGAUCGGCGUCGCCUUUUUUGAGGAAGCGGUCUUUUGUGUUGUUGGACCGGUAGACUUUUUUUUUUCGUUUUCGCUCAAAUCUUAUACCCCCCUUCCAACGUUGCAUCCCCUUCCCCCAGGGCCGAAAGAACGAGUCGAAACCAUGUGUGGUGUAUCUGCGCUCCUUUUGGGCGACACAAAAGCCCAGUCGGCCGCCGUCGACCUGCACGAGUCUUUGUACUUUCUUCAGCACCGCGGGCAAGAUGCUGCCGGUAUCGCCGUGUGCCAAGGCGGCAGGGUGUAUCAGUGCAAGGGCAAUGGUAUGGCCGCCAAGGUGUUUGACGAGGGCCGAAAGACGGCCGACCUACCAGGCUUCAUGGGCAUCGCCCACCUGAGAUACCCCACUGCUGGAACUUCGUCGGCGUCCGAAGCCCAGCCUUUCUACGUGAACUCCCCGUUCGGUCUAUCCAUGAGCGUCAACGGAAACCUUGUCAACAGCCCGGAGCUCAUCAGCUUCCUGGACCGCGAGGCUCGUCGCCACGUCAACACUGAUUCGGAUUCGGAACUGCUGUAGGUCUCGGAAUGACGUAUGAGGCCGGCCAGGGAACGGGCUCUUGCUGAUCAGAUUGCUACUGCAUCCAGGCUCAAUGUCUUUGCGCAUGCCCUUUACGAGCUUAACAAGGCCAGAGCAAAUGUGGACGAUGUGUUUACCGCUCUUCGCGAGGUCUAUGCGAGGUGCCACGGCGCCUUUGCGUGCACUGCGAUGAUCGCAGGAUUUGGUAUUCUUGGAUUCCGUGAUCAGAACGGCAUCCGCCCACUUUGCCUAGGCUCCCGUCCGUCGGCGACUCUGGAAGGCGCUACAGACUACUUCCUGGCUUCUGAGUCGGUGUCCCUGACCCAACUGGGCUUCAGCAACAUCGUGGACAUUCUUCCCGGACAGGCCGUAUUCAUCCGCAAGAACGGUACCCCCGAGUUCCGCCAGAUCGUGGAGAGGAAGUCCUACACUCCAGACAUCUUUGAAUUUGUAUACUUUGCCAGGCCCGACAGCCACAUUGAUGGAGUGUCUGUACACCGCAGCCGGCAGAACAUGGGCUUGAAGCUGGCCAAGAAGAUGAGGGAGACGCUGAGCGAGCAGGCAAUCAAGGAGAUUGACGUCAUAAUUCCGGUUCCCGAGACAAGUAAUACUUCGGCGGCUGUACUGGCUACAGAGCUGAACAAGCCCUUCUCCAACGCUUUCGUCAAGAACCGCUACGUCUACAGGACAUUUAUCCUCCCUGGUCAGCAGGCACGGCAAAAGAGUGUCCGUCGCAAACUUUCGCCGAUCGCAUCCGAGUUCAAUGGCAAGGUUGUAUGCUUGGUGGAUGAUUCGAUUGUGAGGGGAACUACCUCGCGCGAGAUUGUUCAAAUGGCGAGGGAGGCUGGUGCAACCAAGGUUCUUUUCGUCUCAUGUAGUCCCGAAGUGACACAUCCCCACGUCCACGGUAUCGACCUUGCCGACCCGGCUGAGCUUAUCGCUCAUGGAAAGACGAGGGAGGAAGUCGCCACGCUUAUCGAUGCAGACGAGGUUGUAUAUCAAUCUCUCGAUGAUCUCAAGGCCGCAUGUUUUGAUGCAGCUGGGCCCAACAACGAUGUCAACGAUUUCGAGGUUGGUGUCUUCUGUGGCAAGUACAAGACAGAGGUUCCGGAAGGCUAUUUUGAGCACCUCAGCCGCGUCCAGGGCGCGAAGAAGAAGGCCAAAGCCGUCGCAAAUGUUGCCAGCAGCGGGCCAACAAACGAUAAUCGGAACGGACUAAUGAGUCCUGAAAAUCGGGAAGACAUUAGUCUCCACAACUUCGCAACUAAACCUUGAAGGGUGUUGAAUGAGGUGAUGGGAUGGCUGGCUUCAAGGUUGGGUAAUCACGGUUUGGCUUCGAUGCAUUGGGCAAAUAAUCCGAUCAAAAUGGUAGCUACUUGUCAUUGCGCACAGCAACUUCUAAAUGAUAGCUUAGCCACACCUUGAUCAUGUAGGGAGCAGGGAAGUGUUUUCCUGGGCCUUACUUCAGCCAAGAAGUCAUGGGUGAACAGCGUACAUUCGUGAAUCUGUUCCCAGUAAAUAAUUGGGUAUGAGACCUAGAAGGAACGAGAUAUACAUGGUGAUAGUACAAAUUCCGACAACAGUGACGCCACCAUGCCAAUGUGACAUGCAGCUUCAUAGUGCUAGUGCAUAUUCGGGUCAUGGUUUAACCAGCGCCACAUACACAUAUAAACAUACACGCUUUGGAUCACACGGUUACCUUUACAUAUCGUUGCCAACCCAUACACACAAGUGAGAUCACGCCCCUUCAAAGCCCAACCUUGACCCCAGCCGCCUGGGCAAUCUUCAUAAAGAGAGCCGCCCUCGAGCUCUCGGGCUCGGCCACGACGGUGGGGCGACCGCUCGCGGCAUCACCCGAGAUGCUCGGGUGCAGGGGAAGAUCUGCGAGGAGCUCGAUGCCGCGCUUGUCGCACACCUCCUUUACGAUCCCGGACCCGGGCCCAAAGAUGGGCGUCUCGCCGUGGCAGUGCUGGCAGACAAAGGCAGACAUAUUUUGCACCAGCCCGAGGAUCGGCACAGACACCUUGUUGAACAUGUCGAUGCCCUUGACGGCGUCUUGCACAGCUAGGGUGUGAGGUGUGGUUAUGAUUAUGGAGCCUGCGGAGGUUGUCGUUUUGUGUGUGUAUUUUUUUUUUUGCUGAGGUUAGUUGGGUUACGUGGGGAGUGUGAAGGUGGAUUGUUGAUACAUACCAUCAACAUAGAUUUGCUGCGUGAUGCUCAGCUGGGUGUCUCCGGUCCCUGGUGGCAGGUCCAGAACCAGCACGUCCAGACCGCCCCAGUCGACUUCGUGCAGGAGCUGCUGCAGGGCCUUCAUGACCAUGGGUCCGCGCCAGACUACGGCGGAUUCUUCGCCGACAAGGUAGCCCAUGGACAUGGUCUUGACUCCAUAGUUGGAUAGGGGCAGCAGCUGGUUGUCUAAAACAACCGUGGCUCUUCAGACAGGUUGAACAAGGUGGGUAUCGAUGGGCCAAAGAUGUCGGUGUCCAGGAUUCCAGCACGGUGGCCAAGUCUAGCAAACGCAAGAGCAAGGUUCGCUUUUGUGCUCUUGCCAACACCACCCUUUGCGGAAGAUACGGCAAUGACUUUGGUUACAUCUUUUAUCCUCCGCUUCUGCGGGAGCCCACGCUGCAUCCGCGGUAUGGUUCCCGUGCGAGGAAGCCCUAGAGGAUUCUCGUGCUGGAGAGACCGCAGAGCGUGAAACGCUCGUCGGUGUAUCACAUUCAUAUUUGCAUGAUUUUGCCGUUUUGCUCCGGGCGCAUUCGUAUACGAAUCAAAG